AAAAGAAGUACACGAACAAGGACUGAUGUGUCACUCGUCAUUAAUGAUUAAUGCGCAGUAUUGAUCGCCUGUGUUUUGGGAAUUAGGGCCUCUGUUUGAGUAAGAGCUCAGUACCACAAACCAUGAAACUGUUGCUGCCCUUCAUUCUCCUGACAGUCGGACUGUCUGCUGAAGGCUACCGAAGUCCCCUGAAUGACUUCCAGCGCUCAGAGGGCAGAGAGCUGGUUCCCACCUCCUGGAACUCAGCUCGAGUGUUGUUGUUACCGGGUCUGAACUUGGAGGACUGUGCCACCCGCUGCUCUCAGUCUCUGGACUGCAGAGCGUUCAACUACGAGACGCGUCCAACUGUUUCCUGUAAACAUCUGCCCUGGGUGGGUGACGGGAGCAACGCAGAGGUGAAGAGGAACGUGAACUGUGACCUUUAUGAGAAGAAAGUCUAUGUCAGACAGUGCAUCGUGGGUAAAGGAGAAGACUACAGAGGGAAAGUUUUCACCACAAGAAGCGAUCUCACCUGCCAACAGUGGUGGUCCAAGUUUCCUCAUGAUCACAGGUGGACUCCCACAGCUACCAACGGUCUGGAGUUGAACUACUGCAGGAAUCCAGACGGGGAUCGCAUUGGUCCCUGGUGCUACACCACCGACCCGGAGCACCGUUAUGAAAGCUGCAACAUCCCCCAGUGCAAAGAUGAGGUAUGUAUCACAUGUAAUGGAGAGGACUACCGAGGGCAGGUUGACCACACUGUGAGUGGCAGAGAAUGUCAGAGAUGGGACCAGCAGUACCCUCACCAACACAUCUACCAGCCUGAAAAAUACCCUGAUAAGAGUUUAGAUGACAACUAUUGCCGUAACCCCGACGCCUCCCCGGUGCCCUGGUGUUACACUACAGACACUGAGGUGGAGAGGGAGAACUGUGAGAUCAGCAAGUGCACUGAGGUGCGGGUGGAGAAACGCCAGCGCUCCAGCUUCACGACUAACUGUUUCCGCAGCCGCGGGGAGGAUUACCGCGGUAAAGUCAACGAGACAACAUCAGGUAUCCCCUGUCAGCGGUGGGAUGCCCAACAACCUCAUGAGCAUCCCUUCUACCCAAACACAUACGAAUGCAAGGGUUUGGAGGAGAACUACUGCCGUAACCCAGAUGGGUCGGAGGCUCCCUGGUGCUUCACAUCUGUGCCAGAGAUGAGGACUGCUCUCUGCUUACAGAUCAAACGCUGUGCAGAUGACAUAGAGGCUGAAGAUUGCUAUCACGAAAAUGGAAAAAACUACAGAGGAAUCGUGCGCAAAACUCGUAAGGGGAUCACCUGCCAGAAAUGGAACGUCAACACACCUCACCGGACCAAGAUAAACCCAAGGACGCAUCCUGAGGCCAACCUGACAGAGAACUACUGUCGUAACCCAGAUGGGGACCAGCACGGACCCUGGUGCUACACCACCGACCCCAAAACUGAGUUUGACUACUGCGCCAUCAAACAGUGUGCUGGAGAGAAAGUAUCCAUGACUGAACCAGUGGAGAAAGUGGAGUUCAGUGAGUGUGGGAAAAGAGAGGACCGCGUCCAGAGGUCGAGGAUGCGUAUCGUGGGUGGGAUUCCUGGGAACUCGCCGUGGACAGUGAGCCUCAGAGACAGGAAAGGAAACCAUUUCUGUGGAGGAUCCAUGGUCAACCCCAGAUGGGUGAUCAGCACCAAGCAGUGUUUCUCCUCCUGCUACGUCGACCUGCCCGGAUACUCGGCCAUGAUGGGAACACUGUAUCGCGAUCCUCAAGAAGGAGAGCCUGACGUGCAAACUAUCCCUCUGACCAAGAUCGUCUGCGGACCCUCAGAGUCUCAGCUGGUCAUGCUUCAACUGGAAUACCCGGCUCAGUUUAAUGAGCGUAUCUCUCAGAUCUGCCUCCCUCCUGAGCGCUACAUUGUAGCUGAGGGGACGUCUUGUGAGAUCGCAGGAUGGGGUGAGACUAAAGGGACUGGAGACGAGACUGUCCUUAAUGUGGCCUACAUACCAGUUCUCAGUAACAAGGAAUGCAACAAAUACUUUAGAGGUCGUGUUCGAGAGAAUGAGAUGUGCACCAGCUCUUUCCAGGGCGGGGUGGGCGCCUGUGAGAGAGACUAUGGCGGCCCUCUGGCGUGUCAGAACAGGGACUGCUGGGUACUUGAGGGUGUGAUCAUCCCCAUGAGGCGCUGUGGACACCCGGGGCAGCCCAACAUCUUCAUCCGUGUCUCUGUCUACGUUGACUGGAUCAAGAAGGUCAUGGAGAUGGCAUAGAACCAGAGACUGACAUCCAA